AGAGAAUUGAUGAAUCGGUCGUUCAAUCUGCCAUGGCCCUUCUGUCGCGCCGAUUCAUCUAUCAUGUAGUUUGUGUCCCGGCCAGCAGCGCACACAAAGGCAACAAGAGAACAAACAGUCCACCCUCACACUGACUUCCUGCCCUGCCACCCUUGCCAGCUACAUGCCCCGUCCCCGGCCCCUCUGGCCCGCCUGCCUUCGCGGCCUCGCCGGCCGCAGCGGUGUGGGCGGGCGGCGCACCAGCGCCCCACGCCUGUUGCCACGGCCGCGGCCGGCAGCCGCCUGAGGCGGUGCCUGUGGAGGAGGUGUUGGCUCGGGAGAUGGAAGGGGAGGGGGCUCGAACACCUCCACCUUUAGGAACACACGAUGGAAGGCGUGAUUUGGUUGCUGAUGGUGAUGGCGACGGUGUGUGGUGGUUUACCUGUUCGUUGAAUGUCACUGCCUUUGGUGGUGUGAUGUCCAUGGCGUUGGGGAUGGGGCUGAGGCCGAGCAACUGCCGGACGGUCUUCUGGGAACGCUUAGGGCGCUUCCCGAAGGCUGCGAGGACACACGCAGGCAGCGAUGCAUAUUGGGAUGAAUAUGGAAGGGGUCUGUGUGGGUCGGUGUGGUGUGAAAGGGUUGCUUACGGAUCCCUCGCUUCAUGCACGACCGAAGUCGACGGUCCCGGUAGACGUUGUACACGGGAGAUCUCCGCAGCCGGGACACCCUGUUGCCCUCCUCGGCCCACUCCCCUUUGUCCGCCUCUGCUCCCUCCCCGUCUCCCUCCCCAGCCCCCUCCUGGGCCAGCUCGUGCUGUACCUGCUCAAGCGCAUGAAUCUCCUGAGGUGGCGUGGUGUCGAUGGGAGCCGCCAUAUCGUUAUCUGCGACACCAGCCACACACACAAGUGAUCUGUGAUUGGAGUUUGGAUAAGUUCUCUUCUCAGACUGCUCUUUGUCUUUCUCGCCUUGGUGGUCAUCGUCCUCUGCGUCGUCCCUCACGUCCCGCUUGCGUGGCGGCGGACUGAACCCCAACUUGCGACUGCCGAACGCCUGGGGAAUCCCCUCAUCACCCUCCUGGCCACCCUCGCCCGUCUCAACCUGUCCGGCGUCUCCAUCCCGUCCCACAUCCUUAUCGAUGUCCAUCAUCGUCCUGAAGGGGACAGGGCCGUCCUCCAAUUUAGGGUGAUGGUGCUGGUGGCCGUCGUGGUGGUUGUCCAGGUGCUCAGCCCGCUUGCGUGCCACCCGUCGGUGUGGGAAUGGGGUGUCCUGCCGCCGCUUGGCGGGGCGGGGGAGGCUGGGGGCGAAGGGGAUGCGGGAGGGAGGGGGCAUCUGAUGAGAGCAUAAGAUGGGGGUUCUUCUCUCGGGUGGUCGGGUAUGUUGUGUGUGUGUGUGUGUGUGUUACGUUGUCAUUGUCUUGUGUGGACUGGAGCCGCGCGAUGAGAGCCCUCUGGUCCUCCAGCUGACGAUGCAAUAGAACAUCCUUUGUGUGCACCAAUGUGUCAGUCAGUUCACUCACCUCUUUCUCCUGUGCCGCUAGUGUCUCACUUGCCCUGCGCAGCUCCUGCUCCAGCCGCGCCUUGGACUCACGCAGACCCUCGAGCUCACGCAACGCAGCAGCCAAACGAUCCUAGGUUAGGUAGAGAGAUAAAUGAGAGGCCGGCGUGCAUGGGGUUUUUGUCUGUUCAACCCUCACCUGGCUGCCAGCGCGGUCCUUGGCGCGUUCUUGCAGCUGCUCCGCGGCUGCCUGCAGUGUCUGUAUCUCCUCGUUGGCUUUGGCGAGAGCCGCCCUGAGCUUGGUGAUCUCCGCCUCGUCACGCCGGGCCCUCACACCAACAGCGCCAAAGUCGGCGCCCUGCAGACACGCAGCACCUGGUCUACGGUGUCUACGAUGUCUGGUCUUACCUUGAACCGAGAUGCCCACUGGAGGGAGUGGAGUGUCUCGUGGUAGUCCUCUGGUCGAGUGCUGACAUGGACGAUCAUGACGAGGCGCGCCGAGUGUGUGAGAAGGUCCUGCAGCAGCAGGGUGAGCUUGCUGUUGCGGAAGGGCACGUGGGGCUGCUUCGACGCGACGGCCUCGAUCACAUCACCUACAAAAGAGAAAGAGAAGGGAGGGAUACACGUCUGGCUGGAGACAGACAUCUUUCUGGUCUCUAAAGUACCAAGGGCGCUGAUGGAGCGGUUGAUGUAGGCGCCUUCUUUCAGCGCACGGCCGUCAACUCCAGACUUAUACAUGCGCUCGGAGCCUGACAGAUAGACGCACAAGGAUGAGAGCAGAAAUGGCCGUUUAAAUCCAUCCACCGAUUUGCCCACCUGCUAGAUCUACGAGAGCGAGACGUCCCGUCUUGGGGCCUUCAGAGCCUUCCUCGACGGUCACCGUCAAACACGACAAACUGAAGGACGAGUGCAGGCAGACAAGGGUGGGGGAUGGAUGAUGUGUGUGUGGGAUGGGAUGGGUGCGCGUCGUUUCCCGACCAGUGUGAUCGGCUAGAGUUGGCAUUGCAGAGCGUCGCCUCGACCGCUCGGCGGCUCGAGCCCUUCUGCAUGAGCUGCAACGCCUGUAGCAAGGCCGGCCGCACGGACAAGAACACAUGAGUGCGUCGGUACUGUACUGUCAUGGCGUCUCUCUCUCCACGCCACACCUCCUUCGCAUCCUGGACCUCCACCUCAGUCCACUCCUGCACGGCAGUCGAUGCGACAAUGGUGCCAGUAUGGGGGCCCUGCGGCCCUCCACUCACCGGUAUGGUCGUAUUCUGCGUGCGGUUUCGCAGGCCACUGGAACUGGAGGCACCACCAUCUGCAGUGCCGUGUGGUCCUCUCGCCUCGGUAGUCGGGAUGUCGUCCAGGAGGUUGCGAAUCUGCUCGCAGUAGACCUCUAGAACGCUCACGCUAGCCUGAGCAUGAAGGGAAGGACACAACAAGAAUGAGAGUGUUGAGUGAGUGGAGUGAGUGGUGUGACGGCCUCCAAAUGCACCUACGCGUAUCUUGAUGUCGGGUGAGCGGCGUCUGGCGGCAUCAAUCUCCUGCAGCCAAGACACGGGCGAAACGACAAUCUGUGCUGAGCGAUGAUGAUUGCGGGAUGGCGUGACCUGGAAGAUGAAGUCGAGGGCGCGAGGGGUCAGGCCAGGCUCUUCGCUGGUGCCCUGCAGCACCGAACCACACAGACAGACAGACACGUACACAUAAGCAGAUGGCCAGCUCCACCCACUGGAAUGAGAGCGCACAUACCGUCAUCGUGUGCGUCUUCCCCGCCCCGGUCAUCCCAUAGGCGAACACACACAGCGAUCUGCCCCUCAACACAGCUCCACAGGCCGUCCGGACGCUGCCGAAGACAUCUUCCUGGCUACCCGAUGCUGAUGGAUCAAACACCCUAUCAAACGAGUAGGUGCGGCGGGAAGAUGUGCCUCGCCGACCUGCACAGCAGACCAUGGCAAUGUCCGUCCCGCUGCAUCGCAUCAGUACUAUAUAUGGCUGCAGAGUCAGCUCACCUGGGUCAAGGAUGGCUAUCUGGUUGCUCUGAGAUGUGAUCUCACAUAUGGAUGACGCGGCCUCGUCUGCCGGGGGUCUCGUGCGGCAGAAAACCUGGACACCUGCAUGCCACGGUACGUAUCCGUCAGAGAAAGAGGAAAGGGUGGAUGGAUAUGGAUGCAGCAUCAAGUUCAGUCGUUGUUCCAAGCGGUUGUGCUCACAUGCGGCUUCCUUUUCGAGGUCCGUGAGCUGCUGCAGCAGCGACUUGUAGGCAUCCCGCCACACCAUCACGUCACCCGCCAUCGCUCCCCC